UCCGCGGAGAAUACCACAGCGGCGGUUACCGUGGACGCAGCGUCUUACGCACAGACCACGCUAUAUUGGAUUUAUUCAACACCUGCAUGGGACACCGUGAGGCUUUUUCUCCUCUUUGUUUCUGUCUUCUACUGGGAACCAACUGGCAUCUGGAAUGGAGCUGAAUCUGUCGAAGAAUGUAAUAUCCUGUGGGGACCCAGGUGGCAUGAAUUUGGACAGAAUCUCGGAGGCAGUGAGAGCCGCGCCGCCCCGUGACGUGGCCGCCGCGUUUCAUUUACAGAGACCUUCUGAGGGCAGCCGGGAAACUUUAGAGAACUCAAGCAGCGAGUCCUCAGACGCAGAGCUGGCAGAAAAGGAGCGGAGCGCUGAGCACAGGAGCGAUGACGGGUGCGCGGAGGACCCCAAGAAGAAGAAGCAGCGGCGGCAGCGGACUCACUUCACCAGCCAGCAGCUGCAGGAGCUGGAGGCCACCUUCCAGAGGAACCGCUACCCGGACAUGAGCACCAGGGAGGAGAUCGCCGUGUGGACCAACCUGACCGAGGCCAGAGUGCGGGUGUGGUUCAAAAACCGCCGGGCCAAGUGGAGGAAGCGGGAGCGGAACCAGCAGAUGGACCUGUGUAAGAACAGCUACCUGCCGCAGUUCAGCGGCCUCAUGCAGCCCUACGACGACAUGUACCCGGCCUACACCUACAACAACUGGACCAACAAGGGCCUGACCCCCGCGCCCCUCUCCACCAAGAACUUCACCUUCUUCAACUCCAUGAGCCCGCUCACCUCGCAGUCCAUGUUCUCGGCGCCCAACUCCAUCUCCUCCAUGACCAUGGCCUCCGGCAUGGGACACUCCGCGGUACCGGGGAUGCCGGCCCCGGGCCUCAACAACAUCAGCAACCUGAACGGCAUCGGUACCUCCGGCAUCAACUCGGCCAUGUCCUCCUCGGCGUGUCCGUACGCCCCUCCCGGCUCGCCGUACAGCGUUUACCGGGACACAUGUAACUCCAGUCUGGCCACCCUAAGACUCAAGUCCAAACAGCACCCCACGUUUGGAUACAGCGGCUUGCAGAGCCCCGGGUCCAGCCUCAAUGCUUGUCAGUACAACAGCUGACGGGCCCGACGGGGGCCCUUGAAUGUUAUGCGUCCAGAUAUUAUUAUAUAUGAACGGGCUACGGACAACUCAACUGGAUCACUUGCGAUCGUUUUUUCCAUAGAAGAGAAAAAAUGAAUUAUGCGGGUUUUAUGUUUACCAAUGAACUAGCAGAGCAAUUUAAACAUCCAGGUUUUUGGAUCUUUUUUAAAUAAUGAAGAGGUGUUACAUUGCAGCAUUGUAAAUAUUUAAAUGUAAAUAUAUAUACAGGUCUAACAUAAGAAACAAACUGGGAUUCUUUUUCAUGUACUGCUUUCUGUGCUGGUCUUUGGCUCCAUUUCGUACCAAUGCACUUAAACCAUUUAAUUAUGAAGAUAAACAAUCUUAAAAGAUAUCUUCAAAUUCCAUUCAUUAUUUAAUAUAGUUAGGUUUUUUUUUUGUUUUGUUUUUUUGAAAACGUUGUGCGACCUGUUUUCAUUUAUUUUGUUUCUGAACGUAUCACCAGGCGGUUCCAUUUCGUACCUGAUAAAGUCAAGGAAAUUAUCAAUAAUAUAGAGGUGGGAAAUGGCAAAGAAAUCAAUAGCAAAAAACUGUCAAAAAGCCAAAAAGUAGUUACGAAACGGCGCAGCAUCCCUUGCGGCUCCAUUACGUACCCAAAAAUGCGGCACGAAAUAAUGAAACUGUGAAGGAACGAAAUACCCAGCACCUCUUGUGGCUAUAAUUUGUAUCCUUCAAAAUGACAGGUACGAAAUGGUGCCCUAAGAGGCGCUGGUAGUUUUGCUCUCUGUGCAGUUUUGGUCGUUUUCAGGUAAGAACGAAGUGAACUAAAAAGAAAAAAAAAAUGGCAGAGAGGUGUUAUGACCAGCAAUUCAAUUCAAACCAGUUAAUUUAUACAGCACCAGUUCACAAUUUCCCACCAAACAUUGGGUACAAAACGACCAAAGCUACAAAAGUACGACAUUGUAAAAAAAACGGGCGAAAUGACCAGCAGCCCUUGCUUGCUUUUAAAGUGGAGUUGGGAAGAUUUAAAAGAAAAAAACACAUAAAUAAAUAAAGUUAAGCUUAAUGAAACCAAAGCAUAAAGGAGAAAAAAGAAGAAAUCUUGACGUUAUUGUACAUAUUUUAUAAAUGGUUGUGUGCUUUCAGCGGGGUGCCUCCGACCUCGUUGACUCCAUCAUUGCUUCUCAUUUUUUGCUGAAAGAAAAAAAAAAACCAUAUGUUUAACUUGACGUGCUUUGUACCAUAAUGUAAGACUGUGCAGAAGUUAUUUAGCCUGACCUGUAUAUAAAAAAGUGAUUCAAAGUUCUCAUGUGCUUAAUGUAACAUGUCUGUUUGAAUAAAUCCAAAGAAAAGAGGUUUAUUUCAA